GCAGUGCCGACCGACGGUGUUACACGAACAUAUUUGACGGUUGCAACAGCAACAGCAACAGCAGCAGCAGCAAUGGCUAAAAGUGAUGGAAGUGAUUAUUUUAAAAGAACCAGCCUCUUUUGGAUUGUCUCCAUUAUUUUCGGCGUGGGGUAUUUUGCUUGCAUCGUGUUUGCGCCUGAAAUCAUACCAUACCGUCUCCUGGGCCCGUUUGGUACCUUCUGCCGAUAUCUUGUAGACAACCAUGCUAGCGUCUUGUACAAAGGGUGGUGGGCGACCUGCGCAAUCCAUUUGGUUGAGGCCUUGGUCUCCUUGAAAGUCUGCAGCAACAAAGGCAUCACCAUGCCCACCAGCUGCUUGUGGUUCUUCCAGACCUUUGUGUUCGGCUUUGCCUCACUGGGCCUGCUCAUCAGAUACAACCCAGAGCGGCGCAAACAGCACUGAUGUGUCCUCAAAAAAAAAAAAAAAAAAAAACUCAGCUGCGAACAUUUUGUAUCCUCGGAACAUGACACUAGUGCCUUUUCUUCUUCAAGGUUUUUUUUUUCUAACUUUAAAAUAUUGAAGUAUUCUGUGAAAUAGAUCACUGAGGUAUUUUUAACUUGAAUCUUGCAUUGCUGUGAUAACACUUAUUGUGUAGAUUUUAAUCUUUUUCCUGAAGAGAUGGUCAUUAAAAGCUAUUUUGGGAGAGAAAUAGCAAGCUGGAAAUGCAGUACAAUUUUAUGAGUUGUCAUACAUUCCUGAUGUUUACAUUCCAGGAGAAAUCAUCUCAUCGUUCCAGUGUUCUCCUUUGAAACAUUGCACUUGGCGUUCUUAAUGCAAACAAUUGAAAUAAAAGUUACCACAAAC